CAGGGUAUUUCCGUUUCUUCAUGGUACCGGUACCCGGAUGUAAUUGGCCAUUGCAUUAGAGCAAAUUUAGAUCGCAGUUUGUUGUAGAUACGGUAACAAAAUGGGUAACGAUGUCACACUACCUAUGGAGAUGUGCUCCAACUUUGAUGCGGAUGAGAUCCGUAGGCUUGGGAAGCGGUUCAAGAAGCUUGAUCUUGAUAACUCUGGAUCUCUGAGUGUGGAUGAGUUUAUGUCAUUACCGGAGCUGCAGCAGAAUCCACUGGUUCAAAGGGUUAUUGAUAUAUUUGACGAGGAUGGAAACGGAGAGGUAGAUUUCAAAGAAUUCAUCCAGGGUGUAUCACAAUUCAGUGUGAAAGGAGACAAAGAAUCAAAGCUUAGAUUCUUCUUCAGGAUCUACGACGUGGACCAUGAUGGUUACAUCUCAAACGGUGAACUGUUCCAGGUCUUAAAGAUGAUGGUAGGGUCCAACCUCAAGGACACCCAGCUGCAACAGAUCGUAGACAAGACCAUCACCAAUGCUGACUUGGAUGGUGAUGGCAAAAUAUCCUAUGAGGAAUUCUGCACUGUUGUUGCAAAUACAGACAUCCAUCAGAAAGUUGUCGUUGAUGUAUAGCCCCACCAGCCAUUUGUAAAUCUCCCAGCUCCACGCUGCAGUGUACUUUGUAAUCUCUAUUCGCUCUCUCUCUUCUUUCACUUCUCUUCUCUCAUCUAUCAUAUCCCUCACUUUUCAACUUGAUCUAUCUACGUAUCUUCUUCAUCUGUCUACUUAUGUUUCAUUUAUUUUCAAUGCAAUGUUUUUGUUUAUUUAGAAUUUAAAAUAUUGAAUAAAAAAAAGAAAGAAAAAAAGUAUAUCUGCUGUCAUCAUGAUGACCUUUUCAGCCAAUUCUUAAUUCUCCCCUCCAAAAUUCUAUUGUCCUUUUUAUUUCAUGAAGCUUGAAACAUUAAUCACCAUGAAUAAUGAUAAUUUUUAACUGAGAGGAAUUAAGAUCAAAACAUUAUUUACAAGAUAUCUAGCCAUGCUGAAGAAAUGAGAAGGACCAGUCAACUACAAAUCUUCUCUAAGAAUAUGCAUCAGCCUUGGUAAAGAACAUCAGCCUUGGUAAAGAGCAUUACAUACUGAUAAGGUCUAUUCUACCACGCUCUUGGACUGAGAAUAUCUCGUCAACUACAGUCCUUGCCUAUUAAAGGUCUAGUCUUCUGCAAGGAGGUCUUAGAAUAAGAAGGUGGAGUCUGCUGUUCUUGGGAUAUGAGAUCUAGUCUCCUGCUUUCCACAUCAGGAAAUAUUUUGUUCCUUCAGUCCUGAACUAAAAGGGACAGAGUUUGCAUUUAGUCUUGAACUAAAAUAACUAGGAUAUCCCCUGAAAGAGUAAUUACAUUCUGUUGUGCAGUGUUGCAUUUAUGGGGAAGGUAACCCAUAGUAAUCUUGUUGAUAGAACAUUUUUUGACAUCAAGUGAGUGGGCAUAUAUUUUAGGUCCUUUGCAUUGUCGAGAGGCAAUGCACUAAUUUUUCAUAAUGUGCUUAUAUUACUAUUAAAUCAAUUCCAAGAGGAUUGAGACAGCAAUCUAGAUUGGUUCAUGCUUUUAUUAUCCCAAGACAUCAUUCAUGCAAUUUAAAAGUUCACAACUCUUUUGUGAAGGUCCAAGACUUCUUUAUGAUUUUUUCUUCCCUUAUUAAAGUCAAAACUUAAUGCAUGACUAUAUAUCUGUGAUGGUAAUGCAUGCUCUGAUCUGAAAUGAAAUGAUUUUCUUCUUCAUCUGCUGACAUUAAGGAGAGGAAAAUCCUACACAUUUAUUUACUCAAGUAGCCGUUUAACACCCCCAAAAAGAAUGAAAUGAAAACUUUUUACUAACUUCUACACAUUUGAUAAUGUACAACUGCUGCAUCAGUCAGCCCAAUGGAUGGAGGGAUUUGCUUAUCCCACUCUCCCCUAUGAACCAUUUUCAUAUUUUCUUAGCUCAUCACAAUUUAGUUAAUCUUUGAACUUUGACCUUUACUUAGCUUUCAUGAUGGCAAGCAUGCAGCAAAGAGUUGGAAAGGAUUCCUUUCACAAAUUGUACAUAAAAUUUUUUUUAGUUAAUUUUCUUUUGUAGGUAAAUGGUAAGAGUUGUCUAGGUGUGGAUAUGUGUUUCUUUAUUAGCAUAGGGGUGAGGAGUGUGGUUUGUUUUCUUUGGAUAUCAUACGGGUAGAUCGAAAAAAUUUAUCUGUAUCACAUCACAAAAUUGCUUUGUUGUUGGUGAUUGUUGUCAAUCUUAGUUUCUGUGAAACGUGGAUUAAUUUCUUUGCAUUGUAAUCUUUAAAUGUUCUCAUUAACCUGGAAAAAAAUUGAGUUUUCAAGAAAAAAAAAUGAAAUUAAUGUGAAAUUUGAAAUAGGCAAUAGACAUCGACUGUUGAUUCACUGAGCAUUUGUUGUUGUUUUCAUUAUUUCUGGAUGCAAUAUUUCAAGAUGUUAUAGUUGUUUUGUACAGGCAAGAUAGUGGACUCUGUUUCUUACUUUUUUUAAACUCUGGAUUGUUUUGCAUUGAGUGUGAAAGCAACUGUAACUGUUUCAAAUACUUUUUUUUUCUGUAUUGCCGUUGAGAUGCAGUCGCUAUUCUGCACUGUACAGUUUAUUUCUCCACCCUCCCUCAACACCUUACCACACAUAAUGAAACCCUCAAACAUGUGGAACUAUUGGAAGUGUCAGACACUAUGUCAGCAAAUUCCAAAUUAUUUUUAAUUUACAUCAUUUUGUAUAGACACAGUAAUCUCUAUAACUGUUCUGUCGAAUGAAAGCAAUUGUAUCAGUUAAUUUGAGACAAUUUUUCAGCAUAUUAAUGUAAUGGCACUAUUGCACAUAUUGUGAUGUUACUUAUUGAUAUUCAAGGAAAGUUAUUUUUACCUUUGAUAUGCAAAUCAUCCCAGUUGAGCCAUUAUCAUCUUAUCAUACCUUGUCUGUAAACAAUGUCCUGGUAUAAACCCAGUGUGAAUAGAUCGACAGGAUUUUCUUUCAAGUUUGAUAUUUCUUUCUAAUAAAUUAGUUUCUUUCCCAUGAUGAAUUGUGAAUUUUAUUGUUGAAAUGAUGGUGCCUUUGGAAUGGUAGUUCUGUCAUUCCAUUCGGACAGUGUACCACUCCUCUGUAAAGUGAAUGUACCAGCCCCCUUUUCUUAAUUGGGGAAUACCCUUCAAGAUAGGGAAUUCCCCUUCCUGUAGGGGAAUACCCUUUCUGAUGGAGAUUCUCCUUAACCAUGCCAGUGCUGAAGAUGGGAGUGCUAUGUAGAAAGUUCAAUAGUGGCAUUGCAUUCUUGAGGAGGCAGAGUAGGCCACAGACAUGGUUCAAACAUCUCAUGAAAUAUAUAGAGUAUCUUAAAGGUAUUGCAUCUUUCUGAAGUCUGCCGACAAGACUGUGUUUAUGUCUUAGCACAAACAUAAAAUUUCAUCAAGGCACUUGCAAUACUUGCCUGAUUGGUGCAUAUGUUCAGAAAUUUGAAUGUCUUGAACUAUAAUGGGUGUUGCAGGUUCAGUGUUGACUUUGUGGUGUUGGUAUUGGACUGAUCUUUACAUCAGCAGAACGCCAAAUUUGAAAUGAACCUUGCUCUGAGAUGAAUCUCACUAGAGGUUUAGCUAUUAAUGAUUUGGAUAAUUUAUUGUGAACUCAUGUUUGUUAGUUUUGAAGUUCUUGAGAAGGAAAUCUGAUAUGUGCAUCUAACACCACCAUCAACACCCAACACCGAACUUGAAAUUACCAAAUGUGUUUUCCAAGGCACACUACCUUUCAAGAGAGGAGCUCUAAUUAAGAAAUCUAUUUCCUUAUAUCAAAUUUGUAAAAGAAUAUGAUCAAGAUAUAAGUUUAGAUUCAAAGAUUACUUGUAUCUACAUAUUUCUUUGUUCUGAGUGAUUUUGAUUGUGGCCAAGAGUAUUUCCCUAUGAAUAUUGCUUCCAUGUUGUUGGAGGGAAAAUUUCAUAUAAAGAUCAUCAAGUUGUAUAGGUUAUUGGCAUUUGAAAGGCAUAUAUUUUGUCAGUAUCUUAUUACCUUUCAGUUAACACAAAACAAAUCUUUAUUAAGUAUUACAAACAUCUUCUUGCCAGUAAAUUGAAAUUGUGUACAUUAGUACAUGCUUGGCUUAAUUAAUAUAUUUUCUAUCAGAAUCUUUUGUUUAAAAUGUGAAGGAAUUUGUUUGAAGGACUAGUUUGUAAUACGUUUAAAGAUAGAUUGUCAAAAUAAAACUUUGUAUGUGGUAGAUCAAUAUUACAUUGUCUUUGGAGUAUUUCAACAGCUUCAAACAAUUAUACAACUUUCAAAUAUAAAAGAAAAAAAUGUAGCAAUUUUCUUGUCUAAGAAUUAUACAAAGCAUUUAAAGGUUUUCCUGAUAUAUUCAAUAUCAAAUACAUUUUCUGAUAUCAUAAAUAUGUAUCUAAAUCAACAGAAUUGUUGUUAUUUGCAUGCAUUGCAUAUAAGGUGAAUUAUGAUGUACCCAAACAUACAAUUAUAACACUUGUAAAUAUCUAAUUCUCUCUCACUUUCUCAUUCUCUCUCUAUGAAGAGUAUAUUCAUACUAUGCGUGUAAUAUUAUCAACAUCAUAUGUUUGUAUGGUAUCUUAGAAUUUAUUGAAAUGGGAAGCUUGUAUUGUGUGUGUAUCAUACUUAGCACUCUAUGUAGUUUUAUAGAUAUCAAUUUAACAAAUUAUGAGAAAUUAUGAUUUUAUUUCUUUUGUAAGAUGUAGAUUUGAUAUUUGAACAGUGAUCAUUGUGAAGCUGUGAAAUGUUUGUGAUGGUUAUUUCAAAGGCAUAGAAUCAACUGGCACAAUUCUAGCAAUAUUUGGGCUUUGUGUCCAAAGGUUUUUUCGUACUGUAGUUUGAGAAUUUGCAGACUUUGGGGAGAAUUUUGUUCAGUGUUGAUUAUAUUAUCUGUUAUGAAUAAUAAAACAUAGGUUAAAUGACAAGUUUUAGUAGGAAUGGAGAACUUAUUAUGAGGUAUCCCUUUAAAACUGGAUACAUAUGAUUGCAAAAUUAGAAUUUCAAAUACACUUGAUGCAAAAGUUUAAAAGCACACAAGAAGAAAAUAAUUUAUUUCCUUUUAAUUGCAUUAUAAAAUCACACAAAGACACCAUUAUAACCAGCAGAUGAAACAAAUGGAUAUGGAUUUACAGUGAGAGAUGGUCAAACAAAAUGACAUCAUCUUAUUGAAAAUCAUUUGACGAUAGUGAUUAAAUAUUUGAUUACCAUUUAUUUGGAAUCUUCAAUGUGAAUCACAAUGUGGAAGUUGACAUUUUGGACAGUAUUUCUGACAUUCUUUCAUGAAGGUGAAUUUGAUUGCAACCGAGCAAUAUCAAAUGACACUACAGUAGAACUCAGAAACGAUUGAUUCUUAAUAACUGAAAUAUGCCAGUUGAAUUAUGCAGAUACCAUUAGGAAUAUUCUCAAUUUAUAAGAUGAUAAAGGAUAGGUAAAAUUGUGAAUUUGUGAUGUUUCUUUUAAAAAUGAAAUCAUUUAAAGUAUAUAAACCAAUGUAGAUAUGUAUGAUGCAUGUAGUUGGGUUUUUGUUAUAUAUCCUCUCAUUGAGAGUCAAAGUGUAGAAUGUUCAGAUGAAAUUUUAUUUACUUGUGAAAUUUCUGAUGGGCAGGCUCCCAUAUACGUGCGUGUGUGGAUUUCAAUUGUUUCCAUAUUAUUUUACCCUUUGUUUUUUUUCUUCUUUUUGCUGUGGCUUUUUACUUUUUUUUCUAUUCUGAAUUGAAGUUUGACAUAUAUCGCUUUGACAUUUGUAGAUACAUUUUCAAUCUGAGUCUAUACUUGUAAUCAUUUGAAUGAUUUAAAGUUUAACUGAUACCCAUUUAUGACAGAGUUUAAACUAAAUUCCUGACUUUAAAUAAUCAUUGUUUCUAUGCAUCAUUAAUAUUAUAAGGCUAAUGUAUUCUCAAGUAAGUCAUGUAACAUUCCGUGAUUUGUUGGAACAUAUGUCAAAAUUUUGCAGUAAGAAUUGCUUUAAAUCAACCAUGUUAUCCAACAUCACCUCCCUCUUUCCUAAAUAUGAAAAAAGUUUCUUAUAUGUCGUUAUCUAUUGAAAUAAAAGUUUAGUUGAUUAUAUAUUUAGUUCUGGUAUAUUUAAAAAAAAAUCAGCAUUUUGAAGUUUACUUGUUGGGAGAAGUAAAUGUUUAUAGUUUUUACUGCAAUGCAUUGAAAAAAACCUUAAAAACCUCUAGCAAAUUACAUUUUUCUUGUAAAUCCUUGUUAAACACCAUCUUUAAUAAGACUUCAUAAAUAUGAAGUUGCAAUUCAAGUGCACACAAUGUCACUCUACUAACUUUGGAUUCCAUUGUGACACCUCCAAUUUGCUUGCAGUGUUUUUUUUUAUAGUAAACUUUAAAUAUUAUGCUGCAACUAGCAUUGACAUGUACAUAAACCUCACUAUAUGGAGGUCGAAGAAUUCACUGAAUUCCAUGCCAAAUCAAUGUUUAAUUUCUUUUUAGUGGCCACAAGGAAAACUUUGUUAAUCGUUGCAUACAUGUAUUCACUAAAUUGUCAAGCCACAGAGAAGAUGAGAUAUUAUAGCAUUUAUCUAAUAUUAAAUUUCAAAUACACUUUCUGAUUUGCAGCCUUGUAUUUUAGUCCCAUUGUGACAUGGGGACAAGUUGAUUUUGCAGUAAAAACCACAUUAUUAUGAAUUUUCAAAUCUGUUCACCAAUAAUAGUGCUUUUAGUCCUCAACUGAUAUAUAUGCUACAUUAAAGGGCAAGUCCACCCCCCCUCCCCGCAAAAAAGUGGAUUGGAAUAAAAAGAGAUAGUCUAACGAGCAUGACGCUGCAAAUCUAAUUAAAAUCCUAUGUAGAAUAAGAAAGUUAUUGCAUUUCAAAGUGUUGCUAAUUUUACAAACAUGGUUAUAUGAUGUCAUCCACUCAUUAUAUUUCUUUGUAUUUUUAUUGUAUAAAAAAAUAUUUUUUUUGCAGAUUUUAUGACAAUGGGGAAGCACCUUUAUGAAUAGGUUGCAACAAUUGUAAUCCUACAUUUUGAUGGAAAAAAUCAGACUUGUUUCACAUUUUAAUGAGGAAAGAAAUUAAGAUAUUUCAUAUGAUAAAGAAUGAAAGAAAUAGUGAGUGGGUGACAUAAUUGGUUUUCUCAUUUGCAUAUUAUACAGCCCAGGAUGUGCAUAUAAAUGUUGUGUGAAAUUAAGGGAACAUAACUUUAAAACGUCAUAAUUUUCUAUUCUACAUGUGAUUGUUAUGAAAUUCUCAGAGUUAUGCUAGUUUAUUUUUCUCAUUCUAUUCCAGUCGAAUUUUUGCUUGGAUGAAAUUGCUCUUUAAAGAUGAGUUUUAGCAGUGAUCAUACCAGCUUGGGAGCAUGAAGUGGACUAGGGUUUUAUGGUGUUCCAUGAUUAUAUACAAAUUAAUACAUGACUUUUCUUUUGAAAUAAAUUCUACUCUCACAUGCAAAAAUAUAUUUGAAAGGUCUAUGGGAUAAAGAUAUUAGUUAUUACGAUUGAGGCUGAAUUAAGUCAGUUGAUUUUUAAUGUGUAGUUUUACAUACAUAGCACAGAUUUUAAUGGUGUUUAAGAUCAAAAAGUGUAAAUCAUGAAUGGAAGUUGUAGUCUAUGCGAUAAAAUGUUUAAAAUAUGUAUACACUGUAGCAUUUAGUUCUAAAGUAUGUUUGCACAAUUACAUUUUCUUGUAUAUUUUGAUCUCGUUUUCAAAUGAUUUAUAUGUUCCUUUUUUUAUUUUCAUGUUUGUUUUUGUGUACAUUUUGUGUAUUCAUUACUAUUCAUGUUUGAAACAGACAAUUCCAUGUGGGAAAUACAUGUAUACUUUUCUCAUAAAAAAUAAUAACCGUGGUAUUAAGAGCUGAUACGAGAAUUGAAGAACAAUGAAUUGAGGUAAAACUGCUUCACAGAAGACAGAGAGCACCGGCGUGUAUAUAUUAUUUAUGUAUGUACUCUCCUCAGCUGCAAAUUAAAUUCCUGUUUACCCAAUCAAAUAGAAUAGCAAAUGUAACCCAACUUUCAUUGAUUUGCCAUCAAUAAUCUUGUUUGUUUGGUAGGCCUAUACAUGUAUAAUGAAUUUACUACAGCUGCUGCUACCCAAAAUGACUUUUUGUAGCAAUAAAAAUGAAAAAGAUUGUUAGAAUUUAUAUAUGUAGCUUCAAAGAUGUGUAUACCUCUUCCUUCAAAAUGUCAAUAAGAUAUGAUAGGUCAAUGUGGAGGGUAUUUCAGCUUUCUCUCCCAGAAUAGAGGAUUUCAAUAAACAUUCACAUAUAUAUUUAAGUCAGAGUUAGAAGAGGCAUACCUUUCCUUGCAAGUACAGACCAUUUGGCUCCUAUGGGGUCUGGAAUUGUUAGUAUUAGACUUGGCUUGUGGCUA